CAGGACUGAACACAACGAAGCUGGAAUUGAAUUAUCUAAAUCCUUUGCGAAUCAGACCAGCAAAACCUACGCAAACCCUAGCUCCCCCGAUGCCUCCCGCUGCCGCAGCGGAGAUCUCCCCGCCGUCCCCGGCGUCCGACGGGCAGACCACCACGGACACGGCGGAGGCUGGUGUCACGGCUGGUGAGGAGAUGGAGAUGGAGGAUCGCGAGGAGGUGGCCUCUGAGGAGGAUCCUGAGGAAGUCCCGGAGGCGGGCCCUGGAGACGGCGCAGUCGCCGCGGCUGAGUCGGGGGUCGUCACGAAGGAGGCCGGUGGCGAUGGGGAGACGGCGGUGGAGGUAUCCAUCAAGGAUGGAGGUGACCAGGAGACUCGGGAUGAGCCGGUGGAAGUGGAGCCCAAGGAGGAGGUAGCCGUGCCGGUGGCCAUUUCCGAUGGGGGUGAUCUGGAGAGAGGGGUUGAGCCGGUGGGAGAGCCCAAGGAUGUAAUGGAGGCAGAUGAGGAACCAAUAGAGCCGGAGGAUGAGGAUCCAGAAGAACCAGAAGAAGCAGAGGAUGGGGAUGAACCUGAAGAGGCUGAGGAGGAGGACCCCGAAGAGCUGGCCGGUGAGGAACCAGCAGAGUUGGAGUUGGAGGAGGAGGAACCUGACCAUGCAGAUGCAGAGGAGGCGGCUGAGGAAGACGAUGAAGGAGGAGGUACAUUUGAUGACAUGAAUGAAAUAGUUGACAAGGAUUCAGAAGAAGCUCAAGAUAACGAUAAGCAUGGGGAUAAUGAUAAGGAUCAAGCUGCUGACCGGUUGAGCAAUGACGAGGAUGCUGGUGCACGUGAAAAUGAUGAUCCACCAAAUGAUGAACUUGACAAGUCAUUAUCUGUGCUGGAUUCAGUUUCAGAUGGGAAUGAUGAAAUCAUUGAAUUAUUUGUUGGUGGCUUGCCUAAGGACUGUGUUCAAGAAGACAUUAGAGUAGUGUUUUCUCAAUGUGGGGAGAUCGAAUCGAUUACAGCAAAAAAGAAAAAGGGUAUUGCGUUUGUUCGUUAUGCAGAUACCAAUGCUGCAAAGAAGGCCCUUUCUGAAUUUAAGGAUGGAAUUGAGGUAAAAGGCAAGAAUGUCAGAGUAUCUAUUGCUGAACCCCAUAGAAAAUCUAGUGAGAAGGCUCUUGUGAAGGUUAAAACAGUAUAUCUGGAACAUUUUCCUUCUUCUUGGGAUGAGAAAAAUAUUGAAGAAUUCUGCAAAGCAUAUGGGAGUAUACAGAAAGUUAACAUUUUGCGGUCAAAAAAGAAAGUUUUUUCUUUUGUUGAAUUCUCAUCAAGGAAGAGUGCAUUAGCUUGUGUUGAAGGAAUAAACAAUGCUGACAUUUGUGAUGAGGAAGUUAAGUUGGCUGCAAGUCUUGCUCGACCACAAUCAAAAGUUCGACUGGCCAAUGAGAGUACUAAACAUGGGCUCAAGGUCCAAACUGAUGCAACUUCUAAAAGUCCUGAUAAAUCUAAAAUGAUAAAGGACCAGAGAGAUGAGGUUCUUUUGAAGAAAUCACAGCGUAAAUUGUUGAAAGGUAAUGAGAGCAAGCUGCCCUUCCAAGAUGAUGUGGAAGUACCAGAAAUAUCAACCCGUUCUAAAGGAAAAGCGAAAGUUGGAAAGCGCCAAAAUACAUCUGUAGUUGAAAGGCCAUCAAAGAAAGCACGUAAAAGUGGUGAUGAGAGCAAGCUGCCCUCUCAAGAUGAAGGGAAAGUUGGAAAGAGUAAAAAUACAUCUAGCAGUGAAAGACCAUUGAAGAAAGCAUCAAAAUAUCGUGAUGAUGGUAAGCUAGCUUCCCAAGGUGGCUUGGAAGAAGCAAAACCACAAACAUCCAACCGUUCUAAACACAAAAGGAAAGUCAGAAUGAAUAAAAAUACAACUGUAAACGAAAGACCAGCAGAGAAAGCAUGGAAGAAUCGAAAUAUGAAGCGUCCUGCAGGUUCUAGAUAUGCAAAUAACAACCAAGCUUACCCCAGUGCGGGUGCAACUUCCAGAUCUAAACUACAUGCCCAUGAUUUGGAACCUCAUGCUGGAUUCAUCGCUCCAUCAAAUCGUGUUCAGAGAACUACACAUGAUCACCGAAGAACUGCACCGUACAUUAUCCAUCAGAACAGUAAUUUUCCUUAUGCUAGAGAACGAGCAGCUCCGCAACCAGCAUAUUCUGUUCACACAAGCAAUGCUGCUGGAUACGAGGCUGGAUAUGCAUACACCUACCUUCCCCCACCACCGCCGCCGCCUAGCUUAUCUUAUCACCCACCUCCUCCACCAAGUGUAUCUUAUCAUCCUGGAAGUGGCACAUACAUCACUCGAAGAUACUACUGACUGAAAAUCCAAGUGGCUACAACACAGGAUGCCCCAGCAUGGUCUCACAAUAACAGGCAAUUACAGCUCGGCGGCAACCUUGACGCUGGGAAUGUACGUGCGAAAUUAACCGUACAUAGUUUUUUUUUUCUGUUUCUUUGCGAAAUUAAGUGUACAUGCUUGGUUGUUUUAGUCUAGAGCCUGUUCUGGUUCAAGAAUGUUUUAGGGUGAUAAGACUGUGUGCCUCUCUCGUUGGCUAUAAACAAAAGGUGAUGAUAUCAUGAGAGGAAAAGAA